AUGCGACCCCAAAGCACCGAGGGGAUCAAUGACCCCGCCUACGACUGUCCUGAAGAUUUCCAUAAUGAGGGAGGAGAUGGAGACUUAGGAGGAGAAUCGCCUUCACUGGCGAAAAAUCCCCUGCUGGCGCCGGAGGAGAUCGAGUUGAAAUCGUGGGAUGACAAGGGCAGCGUAGCCAUCAAUCACAAGGAGCCCAAGAAGACAGUGGUCAGCAACAGCAGACUGUUAGUCUUGUGGUGCUUUGCAUUGUUUCACCUGCCUGCCAUCGCCAUCACCGUUUCCCUGCUCGCCCUCUACAUCAAGCAGGUCCAGUGGAAUCCUGGCCACCCGACCAGCGAGGAGCUGAGCAUCCUCCAGUUCGCAGCCAAGGCACACGAGACGUUCAUUCUGCUCUCCUUGACCGAGGUGCUUCUGUAUAGGAUUCGUUCGUGUCUUUUAGGGGAAGAGGGUAUCCCCAUUGGGUUCCUUGCGUCGGCACAUUAUAUUGUUGCGCCGUUCAACUACCUGUUUAGCCGGGAGUUCUGGGGCACCGCGUUUACAUAUACGACGAGACGCCUUUCGCACGGGAUUACAGUUGGGUUGUUUAUCCUGCUGGUGGCCAUUGGUAUUGGUGCAAGCCCAUUCUCUGCCAUUGCCUGCAUUCCUCGCCUUCUCUGGUGGGAGGUCGGCAAUUCCACCCAGGUCGGCGGCCCAGAGGCAACAACCCAAUAUAUCCAUCCCGGAACUGUGUUCCAGAUGAACCUGACGACCCCGUAUCAUGUGCCGUCGCAUUCACUGAUAUGCGGAAUCAUGGAGUCUAACUCACCAGGGUCUUGUCGUCAGACCAGUGUAGAGCCGAUGAUUAACGAGUUGUUUUCUGUUGUCUUUGGUGACGAGCCGUAUAUUCCACAUAUUGAGAACAUCACUAGCACAAGGAGCGGGUUUCCUGAGAAUGCGCGUCCCAUCUCCUUGACAGUGUCUCGCUCGGUGCCUACGUCUCCCAAACCAUUUGGGGCUGCGUUUGCGACAGCGUCGAUGUACUUCACCAGUCUGGCGUUGAUCAAUGCGAGGAAGUUCUUCCCCCAGGAAGACAGGAACACGCCUGGGAUGCUCCAGUCGCGGCCGUCAAAGGCAGACGAGUUCCCUCUGGGUAAGUGGAAGCAGCCGCUCGUAGCCGUCAACUGCAACGCGACACUGCGCAAGAAGGACUCUGUCCCCUCCAAGGACAAUAUGAUGAAGUUUAGCUUUUAUGAGAACUCGUUCCAUAAGAACUUUUCACUCGAACUGGAAAAGGGCGCGGGGAACCUGAAAUUUCUGGAGGAGUUCGGCAACGGGUCUGCGGCGUUCAACCCUGUUUUCCUCGAUAUUCAGGACAAGGUUGACGUGCCGAUCAGCGCGGCUAUUCUGUUCGCAGGCAACGUGUCCAGCAUUCCCGGCUCAGCAUCGUCCACUACCCUCUGUCUUGUGCAAGCUCGGUGGGUGGAGGCAGAGGCUUGGAUGAACGUGAAUGAAUCCCCCAACACACAUGUUCAGCUGGAAGUGCCGUUACCAGAGGUGCCAGAGUUUAUGACUGAAACAUCGACGACGGGAAAUGUAAUUCAACUGGGGCACGAGUGGCUCGGUGCCAUGGACGCUAUAGCGGAUAGCCAGAACUUCACAGAGUCUGUGUCGGCGUAUGGAGAGGCGUGGAGGAUCUGCCGGACCCAGUCACUGCCGUACUGCAUGCCCGUUUUCAUUUCAGUCUAUCUAACUGACUUCCUGACGUUUGUGGGAGAGCUCCAGACGUAUAUACCGCCAACUAAUCCGGACCACAACCCAGCCGCCACGCCUCCGGAUGCUGACCAAGUUAUUAUUGACAUGAUAUACUCGCGAUACAGGUCUGGCUAUUCAUUUAGGGACAGUAUGCCAAUCCCAAUAGCAUUCGCCGUACUGCUGCUGCAUGCCAUCAUAGCCAUCGCGCAGACAAUUUGGAUUCUGGCCGCGCGAGACCCUUGGUAUAGCGUCGCAUGGGAGAGCUUUGGGGAGAUGAUUGCCCUCGCACUGCGAUCCAAAGACCCAGGAGGGCUUCACAACAUCGGUGGAGGCAUCAAGAGUUCCAAGACCUGGAGCACGAGGGUCGCGGUAAGGGAAGUAAGUACGGAAGGCCGUCGGCUGGAAUUGGUUAUGUGUAGCAGUAUCCCGAGCCAAGAAGGCACAUAUGUAUCUAGCCCCGACCCUGCCCGACAUGCUGCCCUGCGGCGUAUUCGUACUGGGAUGCAGUAUAGCUAA